AACAACAAAGAAAGAUGGAGGAAGAAACGAAAAGUCUGGAGGAACCGGCGAGAAAUAUUAGUGAAUUAACGCUAGUGUGCAUGGAACUAGCCAGAAGAGUUGAAGAUGCAUCAAGCAGAGAAGAUAAGAUGUCAGUCAUCAGUGAACAUAUAUUAACAUACACUCAAAACAAGAUAACAAUGACAGACUUUGAAGCUGGUUUGGAGUGGUUCAAUGUAUCUCAUCCCCUGACUUUAGCUGGAGAUUUGAAGGGUCGAAUCGUAGUACUGGAUUUCUUCACAUACUGUUGUAUUAACUGUAUGCAUAUAUUGCCAGACUUGGAGGCCUUAGAGAAAGAGCAUCCUCCACAAGAUGGAGAAGUACUAGUGGUAGGUGUCCAUUCAGCCAAAUUUGAUAAUGAACGUGUAUCUUCUAACAUUCUGGCUGCCAUUGAUAAGUACCAUAUCCAUCAUCCAGUUGUCAAUGAUCCCCAAGGAAAGAUGUGGACACAGUUGGGCAUCACAUGUUGGCCUACCCUUCUCAUACUUGGUCCCAGUGGAAACCCAUUAUUUGUGUUAGUUGGUGAGGGACAUUGUGAAAGUCUCCAAGUUUAUGUCAACACAGCAGUCACAUACUUUAACAGCUCUGGAUGUUUAAGCAAAUGUGCAGUUGGUCUGGCCCCAUCAAGACAUUUAACAGCAACUGGUUCCAGUUUACUGUAUCCUGGGAAAAUAACCACUCACCCUGGAGGCCUUGUUGUGUCAGACUCUGGUCACAACAGAGUUUUGAUGACUGAUCACAAGGGAAAUGUUUUUGCCAUAUCUCACCCUGGGAAUGGUCUGUCUUGGCAAGAAGUUUUUAGAUCAGAGCUCAAGAUGCCAAUGAAACUUUACUUCUGUGGCCAUGUCUGGUUCUCACCAAAUUUGGGGCAUAUCUCUCUGAAGAUUAGAUUUCAUGAACAUAUCCCCCAUUUUAUAAUUUCCAGUUCAUACAGUAAGGGAACUGUUGUACGUUUAGCUGGCAGUGGAGCUGAAGAGAACAGAAAUACUUCUUACCCUGCUCGAGCUGGAUUUGCUCAGCCCUCAGGACUCGCAGUAGGCACUCAUUCAGGAUCUUCAGUGCUUUAUAUUGCUGACUCUGAGAGUUCCUCAAUAAGGAGAAUGAGCUUAGCAGAUGGUGCUGUGAAGGCUGUUGUUGGAGCAGCUCGUGAUCCUCUUGAUCUGUUUGCUUAUGGUGAUGUUGAUGGCAUUGGCAUUGAUGCAAAACUACAACAUCCUUUGGCUGUGGCUACUGUUGGAGAUUGUGUAUAUUUGGCUGACUCGUAUAAUCAUAAGGUAAGUUACCAGUAGCACUACAACAGUCUACUUUCUUUUUCAUUCACAACUAUA